AUUAAUCACCAGGCUGAAUGGGGCCGGGAUUUGCUGAGAGGCGCGCUUGCUGUCUGCUGCGCCUGCCCGGCUCAUGGCGGGAGGGGGCAGGCAAGGAUGCCCCUCUUGAACUAGGGGUGAUGGUGACAUGGCUGUGCCCCAGGCUUCCCCACUGGGGCCUUUCCAUGAGCCUGCAGGUGCCCUGAUGGAACCCCAGCCCUGCCUUCGAAGCUUGGCUGAGGGCUUCCUGGAGGAGGAGCUUCGGCUCAAUGCUGAGCUGAGCCAGUUGCAGUUUUCCGAGCCUGUGGGGAUUAUCUACAACCCUGUGGAGUAUGCAUGGGAGCCACAUCGCAGCUACGUGACCCACUACUGCCAGGGCCCCAAGGAAGUGCUGUUCCUGGGCAUGAAUCCUGGACCCUUUGGCAUGGCCCAGACUGGGGUACCCUUUGGGGAAGUGAGUAUAGUCCGGGACUGGUUGGGCAUCAGGGGCCCUGUGCUGACCCCUCCCCAAGAGCACCCUAAGCGACCAGUGCUGGGACUGGAGUGCCCACAGUCAGAGGUGAGCGGUGCCCGGUUCUGGGGCUUUUUCCGGAACCUCUGUGGACAGCCCGAGGUCUUCUUCCGUCACUGUUUUGUCCACAAUCUGUGUCCUCUGCUCUUCCUGGCUCCCAGUGGGCGAAACCUCACCCCUGCUGAGUUGCCUGCCAAGCAGCGAGAACAGCUUCUUGCGCUCUGUGAUGCUGCUCUCUGCCGGCAGGUGCAGCUGCUGGGGGUGCGGCUGGUAGUGGGAGUGGGGCGGGUGGCGGAGCAGCGGGCACGGCGGGCUCUGGCUGGCCUGAUGCCUGAGGUCCAGGUGGAGGGGCUCCUUCACCCCUCGCCUCGGAGCCCACAGGCUAACAGGGGCUGGGAGGCAGUGGCCAAGGAGAGACUGAAUGAGCUGGGGCUGCUGCCACUGCUAACAAAAUGAGUGCCCCUGGGGCCCAGCACAGGACACAUUCAAGGCUCUCAGGUCCUUCUUGGGCAAGCAGAUGACUACACGCCUCUUGGAGUGGAGCAAGAAGGUCUUCCUCAUUGUCUGGUUGCUGGGACCUGCCGUGGCAGUUUUGACACUACUGUUUGCCCUCCUGAUGCCUGUUUUCUUCCCCUUCCUCUGAGCAUUGCCUUUUUGGUCCUGUGCUGCCUAACUCCACCGAGAGGCAGCACCUGCAAACUGCUUACUUUACUGUUUCCUUGGAAGCCUCUAUUCAGCUGAGAGUGACUUCCAAGGCCAUAUUUGCUGUUUUAGAGGAAAGAUCCUGCCAGGAUUCCCACCAUUCUCAUAGAACAGUGUUCUUCAGCUGACCCCUUUCCUCACAGGGACCAGGGCAGAGCAUGGGACAUGGGCAUUAAAAAUGAAAUUUUUGUGGAAGACUGAGCCUGGAUCAGAGAGAGAAUUCAAUGGGCAGAGUGGGAAGGGCUCGAAGGUCUUUUGAGACUUGUGAACUUUAUGACUUUGGGCAAGUUGAUUGACAUCUCCAAGGCUCAGAUUCCUGAUCCAUAAAGUGGGAAUCCCUACAUACCUCAUGGGGUUGGUGUGAGGAUUAACUGAGGCAACACUUAAAAGUGCCUUGUGUAUUGCCUGGCACAUGGGUGCUCAUCACACUUCUUUUUACUUGCCCCCUCUGGGCUGGGGAGUCACUGCACUACUACAAGGGCAGCCCUUCUACUUGAAGGCCUUGCUAAGCAGAUAGGUGGGGGAGGAGAUGUCUUGGCUUCUACGUGUGGCCUGGGUGAGGGUCAGACUUGCCCUGCCAGGGCUGGGCCAAUGACUUUAUGAAAAACCCAAUCUGUGAUUUUUCAGUCUAAGCAUUAAAAGCUCCUAAAUCCUUU